AUGGAAAUAGAAGAUAAGGCCACGCCACCGCCACCGCCACCGCCACCGCCACCGCCAUCCUCGGCGACCGCCUCCCCCUCUCACGACUUCUCCUUCACCAUCUCCUUCCAAACUCUCAGCUCGCCGGCCACCCUCACGGGCACUGCCUCCAAGCCGCCCUCUGCCUCCUCUGCCGCUUUCGACUUAGCCCCCGCCGAUGAUAUCUUCCUCCAUGGCCAGCUCCUCCCUCUCCACCUCCUCUCCCACCCCGGUAGUCCCCCGCGCGCCUCCGACAUCUCGUUGGAUAACUUCACCUAUCCCCUCGGGCACACCGACAGCGACCGCGUCCUCAACUACUUCGACCCCAGCAAGCCCGCCAAGGAGGAGAGCAGAGCCACGAAGCCGACGUCGGUGUUCGCGUCCUUCUUCGGCCUCGCGAGGCUGAGGAAGCGGAACGAGAAAGAGGCGGCGGAGGAAGUGCCGACUGCGAGAACGAAGAGGAAAAGGAAGGGGCUCGACGUGAGCAGGUUGCUUCGGAAGUACGCGAGCCUGGUGGAGCUCCUGUUCUUCUUCAGGACAGGGGAGAGAGAGCGGCGACGCCGCGACGACGACCUGCGACGGCGUCCGUGCUCCUUUUCGGGGCACUCGAAUCUGAACCAUAAGGCGGCUGCGGCGGCGGCGGCGGCGGCGCAGGGAGAGUGGUGGCGGCGGAGGAAGGGACAGAUGUCGGCGCCGGCAUCGAUGAGGACGUCGCCGACCAACAGCGGCCUCCUCUCGGCCUCUUCGAUGACCAUCUCCUCGGCCUCCACGUCGGACAGCAGCACGAUGGAGGAGCUGCAGAGCGCGAUCCAGGCGGCGAUCGCGCACUGCAAGAAUUCCAUCGCCGUCGCCGCGAAGCAGAAAACCGGCGAGACGUGA